CGCCUGCCGUGUGCCUUCUCGCCGUUGUGAAUCGCCCUCCCACUGUGCUGUGCAUCUGCGCCUGCGACUGCCGACCCCCCGCCCCGCCCAUGUGCGUCCCCGCGUCCCAUCCCAAGCCUCGAUGAAGCCAUCCUAGGACUCCUGGCACUCGUCGGUGCUCGUCGCGGCAGCACAAAUCGAACGAAACCCACCCGCCCAUCGCGUCCGCGCCCGCGCUCGCCAGCGCAAGCCCCGGAGCGACAAUGACGAGGAAGGAGAAUGCGGGUAGGCAUGGAUCCACCGAGAGCUCGGGGGCGGAGAGCUGGCGCUCGAGCGACACGGUGAGGGCCAGCUUCAGCGGCCGUUCUCGAGGAACGCCCGUCACCGUGAAGACGUCUAAAGACCACAACCAUCAUCAGAUCGAAAAGGAGUCGGAAAUCUCGCCCGGCACCAUCCCCCCAAUUCCUCCUCCCAAAGACCCCUCCCAUAAACCCCGGAAAAACUCCAAUUGGAACAGCCCGCGAACUGCCGACUGGGGCAACCACCGGAAAGAGCUGGCUGUACUAGAGACAUCCGGAAGCAGGAUACCGUCCAUCUCCCACAAUCCACCGACCGCCACUUCGCCCAUCCCGCCGUGGAUUUCUGCCACCGCAAAUGGUUCCGUGAUGCCCUCAAGCGUCUUCUCCAGUUUCUUCAACGACUCGAAUGAGGACAUAGCACAGCUCUCACCAGGCUUCCGUCCUAGUAGCGGAAAGGAGGAUAAUAUGGGGUUUCCCAGUGAUGAUCGACGGCCCUCCGUUGCGAGUGCCACCACGGUCAGCAGCUCGGGGUCGAAAUCGAGCAUCAGCAGAGGAUUCCAUAAGAAACUGCAGGGAUUCUUCGGGGAGGAGUUUCCUGGCGAUUCCCGCCAGAAUUCAGAUACGAGCCUGACGACCCCGUAUGGAGCUGAACCACAGCCAACACGCGUUUCCCGGAACCGCACAAACUCCGUGAAUAAUACCCUCGGGAGCAGCAUGAACAGCAGGCCUGGCUCGCCGGCAAGCUCCCGUCCACGAACGCCGCUCCCUUCGUCGGAAGUGACGCCCUGGGAGUUCCAAGACUACAAGGAAAUGCCUUCUCAAGGUGAGAAUGGCCGCCCCUCCUCCGAGCAGCAUUCGAACAAGUCUGGCAAGAGUUCCCACAAAUUGAGGCUCCCGGGACACCGGCACAACCGGAGCAAAGACGACAUCAAAGCGUCUGAAGGGCGAGCCGAGAUUAGCCAACCCUAUCCAUUGCGACCGGUGACUAGUCGAGAGGAUUCGUCCUAUAGCAUCCGCCGAGACCAACAAUACCCCUCCGCCCUCAGUUCCGCCUUCGCUUCCAAAACCAAUCUAGUCCCGCGACCAUCAAGUCCUACCCCAAGCGCCUUUAGCGAGAUGUCUCGGGACCCUUCAGCACAAAGAUCGCCCAGUACUAGUAAACCACGCUCUAUUCUCGACCGCUUCAAGAGAAAGGACAAAACAGACCGCUCGGGUCCAGAGUUCCUCAAGGAUCUUCCUCCUUCGACGGUUUCCCUGCAACCUUCCAUCAAGUCUGCAAAAUAUCCUCGAGCAGAGCCCUCGCCAUCUAUUAUGAGCUCCAAGAAGAAAGGCACGAUAGAACCGGGGUAUCGAGAGAAAGGUUUCGGAUACGUCAAAGAGGUCAAGAAGGACCAUAGUCGUCUGCCCUUCAAGAGCUCGAAGCGGCCAGGCGGAACAAAUGAACAGCCACGUGGGAAAGAUCCGAAUGAAGCAAAGGCCGACGCCGUAAUGAACGAUGCGCUGUGGAACCUGGACACUGAUCUCGAUCACAUGGAGGGCAUUGUCAACCCGCAGCAGCCGCCAAUGACUCCACCCAUGGGUGAUGUUCCCCCAGUUUGGCCUGGAGAAGAUCCCACACCAGAGGUAAAGGACCAGGACGGGUUUAUCGCUGCAUGGGAUGCUCCUGAUUCGUGGGCCGUCAAGCGAAUGGGUGACGAGAGCCUUCGACAUGGCGAAUUCGACGAAACUAGCGCCAUCCCGAAGGAUGAAGAUAACUCAAAGACAUAUUGCGUUCGUAUAUUCAGGGUAGAUUCGACAUUUGCGACCCUAUCUGCGACGCUUAGUACCUCGGUCUCUGAGAUUAUCCAGAUUCUUGGGAAGAAAACACUGCUUCAGGAUGAACUAGACAACUAUCACAUUGUCAUGCGCAAACAUGAUACCUCGCGCCAACUAGACUCCCUGGAACGGCCCCUACUGAUCCAAAAGCGAUUGCUAGAGCAAGCGGGUUAUACGGAGGCCGACCGUCUUGAAGAAGUUGGAAGAGAAGACAACAGUUACCUAUGUCGAUUCACUUUCAUCCCAGCAAAGAUGAGCGGCUACUCGAGCUUAGAAAAAGACCCCGGCUUUAGCAAGAUGCAAAAGUUCAGCCAUAUUGAUCUUCAAGGCCGCAACCUAAUCACCAUUCCCAUCACGCUCUACCAGAAAGCGACAGAAAUCAUAUCCCUCAACCUCUCUCGAAAUCUGUCACUGGACGUUCCAAAGGAUUUCAUACAAGCUUGUACCAAUCUCCGCGAGAUCAAAUACACGAGUAAUGACGCUCGCCGGUUACCGCCUAGUUUAAGUCUAGCAAGUCGUUUGACAAUGCUAGACAUCUCAAAUAAUCGUCUCCAACAAUUAGAACAUGCGGAGCUGCACAAAUUGCAGAGCCUGCAAGGCCUUCGACUCUCCAACAACAGGUUAACUCAGCUUCCAGUAUACUUUGGUCAGUAUCGGGCACUCAGGAGUCUGAAUUUGAGCUCAAACUCCCUCAGCGAGUUUCCGGACUUUCUAUGCGAAGUACGGACCCUUGUUGACCUUGAUAUAAGCUUCAACUCGAUCUCGAGCCUACCAAAGAUUGGGCAGCUGACCUGUUUGGAAAGGCUGUGGGCGACAAACAAUAAGCUAUCCGGAAGCUUCCCUCCUUCCCUCAGCAAUUUGGUCAAUUUGCGGGAGAUCGAUGUUCGCUUCAAUGCUCUUGAUAGCAUGGAUGUCAUGUCUCAGCUGCCAAGGUUGGAGUAUUUGAUGAUUGGACACAACUCGAUAUCGGCAUUUGAGGGUUCAUUUCCAAAGAUUCGGGUGUUACACAUGAACCACAACCCGGUUACGCGCUUUGGAAUGAGUGCUCCUGUACCAUCGUUGUCGAUGCUGAAUCUUGCAUCUGCGAAACUUGCGCAGCUUCCCGAAGAUUUGUUCCAAAAGAUCACCGGGUUAACGAAACUCAUCCUAGACAAGAACCAUUUCACUUCCAUCUCGACUCAUAUCGGGAGACUUUAUCGGCUCGAGCACUUAAGCGUAGCAAGGAAUUCCCUCGAUGAGCUCCCAGCCGAGAUUGGACGGCUUGCUGAGCUCCGAUAUCUCGACGUCCGUGAGAACAAUUUAGGACGACUUCCCCCAGAGAUAUGGUAUGCGCGACGGUUAGAAACCCUCAACGUAUCCUCUAACGUCCUAGACGCAUUCCCUAAGCCGAGUGCGCCUCCUCCCUCCCUGAAUGGCGAUGUGUCUAACAUGGAUGGUGCAACUCCUCUAUCCACUCCCAGUCUUGGGACCAGUCCAAGUUACGAAGAGCUUGGGAAGCUGGAAGACUUUGCCAACCGACGUCCUAGCCAAGCGUCUGCUGGAUACCUUAGUUCAGGUCCCUCACCAGCUGCAUCACAACGCAAAGGUUCCAUGGCUUCAUACGGUACAGGGUCAACGACCACGGCAAGGAAACAAUCUCUCACCUCGCGUACACCAACGGAAGGAACUCUAACUCCCAUCUCACGCAAAGACUCAAGUCUCUCAAACCGAAUGGUGGCAACCUUCGCAGGAUCAUUACGACACCUAUUCCUCGCUGAUAACAGGCUUUCAGAUGAUGUCUUCGACGAGCUUGCCUUGCUUCCAGAGCUGAGGAUAGUCAACUUAGCAUACAAUCUUAUCUACGAUAUUCCACUUCGAACAAUACGUAGAUGGCAGCAUCUCGCUGAGCUAUAUCUUUCUGGAAACGACCUGACAUCCUUACCGGCCGAGGACCUGGAAGAAGUAGGCUCUCUAAAGAUUCUUCACAUCAAUAGCAACAAAUUCCAGGUUCUCCCUGCGGAAUUAGGGAAAGUUGCGAAGCUUGCUAUUCUCGAUGUCGGUAGUAACUCCCUGAAGUACAAUGUGUCCAAUUGGCCAUAUGACUGGAAUUGGAACUGGAACCAUAACUUGAAAUAUCUUAAUCUUUCCGGUAACAAGCGACUUGAGAUUAAGCCCAGCGGACCUUUCAGUGGUGGAGGAGCUGCAAUGCGUGAAGGCAGAGAUCUAACUGACUUUACAUCCCUCAUCAACUUGAGAGUCCUAGGGUUGAUGGAUGUAACCAUGAUGGUACCAUCGGUGCCGGAGCAGACUGAGGACAGGAGAGUCCGAACUUCAGGCUCAGCGGUGGGGACAAUGGCUUAUGGGAUGGCUGAUAGCCUCGGUCGCAAUGAACAUGUGUCGACUAUGGACAUGGUCAUCCCCCGAUUCCGAAGCCACGACGAAGAGCAGGUCCUCGGCAUUUUUGAUGGUCAGCCCCUUGCUGGUGGAGGAUCCAAGAUUGCCAAAUACCUUUACGAUAACUUCAAACACCGAUUUGCGGACGAACUCGACCGUUUGCGACCUCAAGAGACUCCAGUCGAUGCCCUACGGCGCACCUAUCUGGGUCUCAACAAAGAGCUGGCAACUGCGGCCACACAAUCAUUAGACAAGAAUGCUUCGAUAGGCGCCUCGAUGCAGCCUCGUGGAUCUGUCCCAGAGCUUGGCGAUGAUGACUUGCAUUCUGGAAGCGUUGCUACUGUCUUAUACUUAAAGGAAAUGGAGCUAUACAUCUCCAACGUUGGCGAUGCUCAAGCCCUGCUCAUCCGCUCAGAGGGUGGUCACAAGCUUCUUACACGAAAACACGACCCAGCGGAACCCGGUGAGCGUUCAAGGAUCCGAGAAGCUGGAGGAUUUGUCUCCCGACAAGGCAAACUGAACGACGUCCUCGAAGUAUCACGCGCCUUUGGCUACGUGCAGAUGUCCCCAUCUGUAAUUGCCUCUCCACACAUACUCAAUCUCACGCUUGGCGACACUGAUGAAAUGAUCUUGAUGGCCUCUCGAGAGCUAUGGGAAUAUCUCACCCCGGAUUUUGCUGUUGAUGUUGCACGGUCAGAACGGAACGACUUGAUGCGGGCUGCUCAAAAGCUUCGAGAUCUUGCGAUAGCAUUUGGUGCGACCAACAAAAUCAUGGUUAUGUUAAUUGGUGUUAGCGAUCUCAAGAGCAAGCAACGAGCGCGAUUCCGGACACAUAGCAUGUCGAUGGGGCCCUCCGGAUCCCCAGAUGACUUUUUCUCGAGUCGCAGAGUCGGUAAACGUGCCCGCAACCAAGUCGGUGACUCUAAACUUGCUCGACUUGACAAUGAGGUCGAUGCCCCAACCGGAGAAGUUAGUUUGGUGUUUACUGACAUCAAGAAUUCAACCCUCCUAUGGGAGACGUAUCCGAUUGCUAUGAGAUCGGCCAUCAGAAUGCACAACGAGCUAAUGCGUCGGCAACUGCGCAUCAUUGGUGGUUAUGAGGUCAAGACCGAAGGUGAUGCCUUUAUGGUGGCUUUCCCAACCGUCACAUCCGCUCUACUUUGGUGUUUCACCAUCCAAAGCCAGUUGCUCGAGGUUCAGUGGCCGCAGGAAAUCCUUAGCGGUGUCAAUGGACAAGAAGUAGUAGAUCCUGACGGUAACGUCAUAUUCCGAGGCCUCUCAGUACGGAUGGGCGUCCACUGGGGUUCGCCUGUGUGUGAGGUCGAUCCUGUCACCAAACGCAUGGACUAUUUUGGGCCAAUGGUUAAUCGAGCCUCGCGCAUCUCGUCCGUCGCUGACGGAGGACAAAUUACAGUCUCUUCCGAUUUCAUUGCCGAGAUUCAGAGACUUCUAGAGACCCAUAUCGAGGGUGACCGAAGCAACUCCACCGGAUCUGAGGAAGCGCUCGGAGAUGACUUGAUGACCCAAGCUAUCCGGCAAGAGCUUCGAUCGUUAAGCAGUCAGGGUUUUGAGGUCAAAGAUCUAGGUGAACGCCGCCUGAAGGGUCUCGAGAAUCCGGAGUAUAUUUAUCUGAUGUAUCCUCAUUCCUUAGCUAGUCGUCUUGCUGUGCAGCGGCAAUUGGAGGCCAAACAACCACUACCAGCGCAGGCUGGCCAAGUUGGGCAGAAGAUGCCGGGUAGCCAGCUUACGAUUGACACUGAAAAUGUUUGGGAUCUUUGGAACGUCAGUCUACGUCUGGAGAUGCUUUGCAGCACUCUGGAAAGCCCUGGAACCAUGGAGUUGAAGCCUCCGGAGACGGCGUUGUUGGAGCGAAUGAAGAAUCGAGGUGGUGAGAUAACAGAUCGAUUUUUGAUCAACUUCGUCGAACACCAGAUCUCAAGAAUCGAGACAUGUACCACCACUCUCGCCAUCCGUCACAUGGUCAGACCUUUCGGCUCGACUUCGCUGCUCCGGCAAGCUUGCCCCAUGGCUGAUAUAUUAACCGAACUUCAGUCUCAGCUGAAGGAACUUCAACAAUACAAAGAUGAUGCAGCCUCUCAGAUCGUAUCAGCAUGAGAGGAAGUCACAAAAUAGUCUCAUGAAUAUCCUACCAACCUAACCUCACAACGACGUCUACGACAUCUUACACUUACCAUGUCAUAAUACUACCAUUCAUAUCACCAAAAUACUCCGAAUGUCUCAUCCACCCUCACCUAUGUCCAUACCCGGCGUUCAAUAGGACCUGUAUCACCAC